GAAGGCAGCAGUGUGAACUUCCUCCACCUGUCGCACGCACGCACGCGCGCGUAAACACACACACACACACACACACAAACUCCCCUCCACUCGCUCCAUGUAUCCACAGUUUCCAGACCCCCCACAGGGAGUCGCUGUAAAUACGGUGUUGCCAGUUCGAAGAGAAACCCCCUCUUUCAGCGGAACACUGUGUGUGUGGCGCAGCAGCUGAGAAUGAGGGAUUACAACACACCGGAAAUGGACACCGAGUGGAAAACAUGGAUCAACUGGAACGGACUCGGAGGAGGAAAUGACCGAGGAGGAUGAAGAGGAGGAUGAAGAGCAGCUAAUCAGUGGCUGCAACGCUGACAGUUCAUAGGGAUUAUUUUAUGACAUGUGACCGGACACCAGGGGUUGUUCCCUGUUCCUCCUGGAGACCAAAGCGGUGCAUUUUACGCACAGUUUACGCACACUUCUUUCUCCAGAUUGCUGCCUGACAUCAUCGGCUGUUGGCUGGCUGGGAAUGAAUCAUCGUCUUCAUCAUCAGGGGGGGUCAGGGAUGCUGUCACUGUCACUGCACCCUUAAAACAUACACACACACACACACACACACAUACAUACACACACACACACACACACACACACACACACACACACACACACACAUACACAGAGAGAGAGAGACGUACACAAAGCCACUCUGCUCCGGUGUUUUGGUGUUUUGGGGAUUUGGGAAGCAUGGAGGAAAUCCUGCGGAAGCUGCAGAAAGAUGCGUCCGGACACAAGCAUAGAUCCCUCCGCGAUGCCUGCGUCUACGCCCGCGAAACCCUGGAGUGUCAGAAUGGAUCAUCCAAGAUUUCCCCGUCACAACUUCGAGAGCGCUGCCUGCUGCCUCUACAGAUGGCUCUGGAGUCCAAAAAACACCAAACUGGGGACAAAACAGCGCUCACUGGGAUGCAGGACAGGUUGGGGGGGGGGGGGCGGUGGGUGGAGGUGGAGGUCGUGGAGAAGCAGCUGCUAAGCCAGAUGUUGGAGGCCAUCAGAGUCACUCCCUCCCUCCAUGAAGACCUGCAGGUGGAAGUCAUGAAGGUGCUGCUGUGUAUCACCUACUCCCCAAACUUUGACAUCAACGGAGACUCCAUCCUCCGGAUCGCUGAGGUGUGUAUCAAGACAUACGUGUCCAGCUGUCACCAGCGCAGCAUCAACACGGCGGUCCGAGCCACGCUGAGCCAGAUUCUGGGAGACCUGACACUGCAGCUUCGACACAGACAAGAGGUCACACACACACACACACACACACACUCAAACUGCCAGUCGCUGUGUGAAGAUGUGGUGACGGUGCUGACAGUUUUCUGUGAAAAGCUGUGAGUCAGUGAUAACCAGCUGCUGCAGCUCCUCUACCUGGAGUAUCUCUCCAUGCUCAGCAGCUGUCCUCCCACAAUGCACCUGUCCAGAGGGUUCACAGACCUCGUUAUGCAGCUGUGUCCGUCCCUCGUGGCGAUCAUGGGAAAUCCUGUCAACGACAAAACCAUCACCUCCCACCACGGCCACAUGGGGGCGCCGGACCGCCCCUCGGACAGACUGAGUCUAGGAAUGGGCCAGGAUGUGGAUCUCUUCGGUGGGGGGGUAUCGGAUCAGGGUCGAGGGUCCGGCUGCUCCUCUAGCGCCCCCGCCAGGAUCGCCCCAGUGGUGCGGACUGUGUGUUACAUCGCUGCAGAGCUGGUGCGUCUGGUGAACUGCGUGGAGUCCAUGAAGCCGGUUCUGCAGUCGCUCUAUCACCGGAUCCUGCUGUACCCCCCCCCUCAGCACCGCACAGAGGCCAUCCGCAUCAUGAAGGAGAUUCUGGGCAGUCCUCAGCGUCUCUACGAUCUUGCCGGUCCAUGCGUGGCCGAACCUGAAACCAGGAAACGCUCAUUUUCCAAGAGGAAGUCUCACCUGGACCUUCUGAAACUAGUGAUGGAUGGGAUGACGGAGGCCUGUAUGAAGGGAGGCAUCGAGGCGUGUUUCUCCUCCGUCUCCUGCGCCUGCGCUCUCCUCGGGGCGCUGGAUGAACUUUCUAAGGGCCACGGCAUCCAAUCAGAGCAGGCUCGGCUGCUCCUCAGACGUCUGGAGGACCUUAAAGACGGUGCAGAAUCGACCCGGGAGUCCAUGGAGAUCAACGAGGCGGACUUCAGGUGGCAGAGACACAUCCUGGCCUCGGAGCAGCCUCCCUGGGACCCUAACUCCUCCAGCGUGGCCCCCAAAGAGCGAAGCCCCGACAUUAGCAUUAGCAUCACCACCGAAACGGGCCAAACAACCGUGGACCUGGAGGUGGCGGUGGAGGAGCCGAGCCAAACCUCUCCUGAAGAUUGUGAGGAGGAAACACAUCUCCCUUCACCAACUACUGGAGACGGGACCAAAUGUGAUCCGAUCCUGGAGGAGAACCAGUUGGAGGACGGAGGAUCGGAGAAGGAGAGACUGGGAGGAGGGGAGAGAGGAGAGAGAGGAGAGAGAGGAGCUGUGGUUCCUCCAGAUGUGGUGCAGAGGACUCACGGCCUCGUUUACCCCGACAUCACCAACUUCCUGUCUGUGGAGUCAAGGACCAGAACGCACCAUGGGGCGGGAUCGAGAUACAGCGAGAGCAACUUCAGCAUGGAGGAGCAGGAUUUGUCCCGGACAGAGUUCGACUCGUGUGAUCAGUACUCCAUGGCAGCAGAGAAGGACUCGGGUCGCUCCGACGUGUCCGAUAUCGGCUCCGAUAACGUGUCUCUGGCUGACGAGGAGCAGCAGACGCCCCGAGACUGUCCGGGUCAUCGAUCGCUGCGCACCGCCGCGCUGUCACUCAAACUGCUGCGCCACCAGGAGGCGGACCAGCAGAGCGCGCGCAUCUUCGUGCAGUCGCUGGCCUCGCUGCUUCCUCGUCUGUUGGGACUGAGAACUGCCGGCGAGGUGGACCUGUCGCUGCAGAAAUUCUCCUCCAACUUCUGCUCCGGACUGCAAGCUGGGGGGAUCCACUCCCCAGGUUUUCGAGGCGGGGCGACUCUGAGCUGUCCGUCUCUGAUGAACGCAGACGGUCUGUAUCUGGUGUCGUACUCCGCCCUGCAUGCUCACCCUCAAACUGUGCUGCUGCGACAUUACAGGAGGAGGACGCUCGCUCCCAUCCUCUGCCUGAAGGAGUUUGGCCGUCUGAUCCAGAGCAGUGGGGUUCUGGUGGUUCUCUCUCAGGCGUGGAUAGAGGAGCUGUAUCACCAGGUGUUAGACAGAAACCUGCUGGAGGAGGGGGGGUACUGCAUCUCUCAGGAGGACCAAUCAGUGGCCCUCAUCACCAUACUGACAGAUAUCGACGGUCUGGGCAGCAGUGCGAUUGGAGGUCAGCUGAUCAGGAGGGCAUCCAGCCAAUCACCACUCAGCGUUGAUAAGACAGGAAGUGACACGGUGACGGCAGGUGCUGUGUUCUCCCGCUUCAUCCUCACCGGUGUGUGGAAGAACCUGAUCGACGUGCUCUCCACGCCGCUGACCGGUCGCAUGGCGGAAGCUCUAAAGGCCUGGCGUUCAUUUUGGGGGGCCGAGGGGAUGAAGGAGCAGAGCCAGAGGGAGAGAGACACAAUCUGUCUGAGUUUAGACGGACUCCGGAAAGCUGCUGCGCUCAGCUGUGCUUUAGGUGUGGCAGCUAACUGUGCCUCAGCUCUCGCCCAGAUGGCUGCUGCCUCCUGUGUUCGAGAGAAGGAGGAGAGGGAGGUGGGGGAGUGGGAGACCGCCAUCACACAAGUACGGACGGAAGUGAAGCACCGUCUGGAGCAGAUGUCUCGUCCUCAGGGAGUGCGUCUGCACACGGCUCACGUGUUGUGUAUGGACGCCAUCCUCAACGUGGGGCUGGAGAUGGGCAGCCACAACCAUGACUGCUGGCCCCACGUCUUCAGGGUGACAGAGUACAUCAGCUCAUUGGAGCACACACACUUCAGCGACGGCUCCAUGCACCCUUCCUCCCUGAACCCCCAUCCUGCAGCAGGGGGGGGCCCGUGGACCCUGGGGGCGGAGCUUAGCUGUGAUCCCAGCACAGAGGCUUCGGAGCUGGGCCUCAGUCAGCCCGUCAUCCAGCCUCUUUCCAUCCAGGAGCUGCUGAGGGGGGGCAGCCUGAUGACGGGGAACAGCCAGAUGACUGGGAACAGCCAGAUGACGGGGAACAAGGGGAACAGCCAGAUGAGGGGGAACAGCCAGAUGAGGGGGAACAGCCUGAUGACAGGGAACAGCCUGAUGAGGGGGGGCAGCCUGAUGAGGGGGGGCAGCCUGAUGACGGGGAACAGCGCCGCCAAGGCCGUGUGCACGCUGUCCACACAGGCAGACAGGCUGUUUGAGGAAGAAGCAAAGAAGCUGAAACUGGUGGCUCUGGUUGGUUUCCUGCAGCAGCUCAGGAAGGCUUCUCAGUGUACAGCUGUUCCACUCUGGUGACCGAGACCGGGAGACUACUCACUGGCAAUGCCAGGAGAGGCCAAAUCGACUCUGGAGCGACGCAGCGCUCUGCAUCUCUUCCGACUCGGCGAGGCAAUGCUGAGGAUCGUCAGGAACAGGAACCGGCCCCUGCUGCACAUGAUGAGGGCCUGGAGCGUCGUGGCCCCCCACCUGGUGGAGGCGGCCUGUCACAAAGAGCGCCACGUUUCCCAGAAGGCCGUUUCCUUCAUCCACGACGUGCUGACGGAGGUGCUAACGAGCUGGGCGGAGCUUCCUCUCUUCCACUUCAACGAGGCGCUGUUCAGACCCUUCGAGCACAUCAUGCAGCUGGAGCUGUGCGACGAGGACGUGCAGGACCAGGUGAUCACCUCCAUCGGGGAGCUGGUGGAGAUGUGUUCCCCUCAGAUCCUGUCGGGAUGGAGGCCUCUGUUCAGCGCUCUGAGGACGGUCCACAGCAGCAAGACGGAACACAAGGGGUACCCUGGGGAAUACUCCAUGGGUAAAUCUCAGGCUCCGGUGUUCGAUGUCUUCGAGGCGUUCAUCAACACCGACAACAUCCAAGUGUUUCGCCAAACAGCAGCCACCGACUACAUCAUGUGUCUGAUGAAGUUCGUCAAGGGUGCAGGGGAGCAGGACUAUAAGGAGAUCGGAGACUGUCCUGCGUCAGGUUUCAGCUCCACUGACCUCUGCCUGCCUGCGCUCGAUUAUCUCCGAAGUGCGUUUGAUUGGCAUCUGCUGGCAAAGAUCUACAGGAUGCAGUUGAAGCCGGUUUUUUUGGGGGCGCGGCUCGCCAGCCUGCCAAUGAGAUCGCAGGAACGCUCGGUCAGCACGGAGGACGGGAUGGACUGCGUGCUGCAGGAGUUCGACGACGAAACAGGUCUCAUCCAGGUGUGGAUCUUGUUAUUGGAGCAGCUCACAGCGGCAGUGUCAAACUGUCCUCGUCAACAUCAGCCUCCGACCCUCGAGCUGCUCUUCACUCUGCUCAGAGAGGUGUCCACUGUGCCAGGUCCGGGUUUCGCCAUCUUCUCCGUCAUCCAGCUGCUGCUUCCUGUGAUGUCACUGUGGCUGCAGCGUAGCCAUGGCGACCACUCCUACUGGGAUGUGGCGGCGGCGAACUUUAAACACGCCAUCGGGCUGUGCUGCGAGGCUGGUGGGGUGGAGCAUGUCAACAACUUCAUACACUCAGAUAUUGGCUAUGAGUCUCUGAUCAACCUGAUGCUGAAGGACCUGUUUAAGCUGCUGGUCUCCUGUGUGUCAGAGCCAGCAGAGACCAUCUCCAGAGUGGGCUGCUCCUGCAUCAGGUAUAUUCUGGUCACGGUGGGUCCGGUGUUCACAGAGGAGAUGUGGAGGUUAGCCUGCUGCGCUCUGCAGGACGCUUUCUCUGCUACACUGGAGCCUGUCAAGAACCUGCUGGCAUGUUUCCACAGCGGGUCGGACAGUUUCUCCGGAGACGCCUGUGAGGUGAAGGUAGCGGCUCCGUCUCACUCCUGCAGCCGAUGGCCGGAGUACUGGAGGAUCAGAGCCAUGGCUCAGCAGGUCUUCAUGUUGGACACCCAGUGCUCUCCAAAGACGCCCAACAACAAGGAGGGCUUUGAGCACGCUCAGUCCUGCGUUCUGAUCAUCGAGCUGCCGGCCGACCAGCAGGCCAACGGACACGCUCAGAAGAGGAUCCCGUUCCGCACCAUCGUUGUGAGCCUGCUCUCGCACCAGGUGCUUCUGCAGAAUCUGCACGACAUCCUGAUGGAGGAGUUCGUGAAGCAGCCUGAAGGAAGUGAGAGGGUCACGCCGGGGACCUCUGACCCCAGCAGGGCCUCCGCCGGCUUCCUGCGAUACAUCUCCAUGACCAACCUGUCCAUCAUCCUGGAUCUGCUGCUGGACUCCUACAGGACGGCGCGGGACUUUGACACGCGGCCCGGUCUGAAGUAUCUGCUGAUGAAAGUGUCCGGUGUGUGUGGAGCGGCUAAUCUCUACCGUCAGUCGGCCAUGAGCUUCAAUCUGUACUUCCAGGCGCUGCUUUGUGCCACGCUGAGCCAGGCCGAGAACAUGACCGCACAGCAGGUGAAGAGGCUACUGUUUGAGGAAGAGGAGGGAAGCUCUGACUCUUCUCACCCUGGAUCCGCCUCCUCAGAGGACGAAGACAUCUUCGAAGAAACAGCACAGGUGAGCCCCCCUCGAGGUCGGGACAAGCGUCACCCCUGGCGAGCGCCCGUCCCCUCGCUCAGCGUUCAGCCUCUGAGCAGCGCUGACUGGGCCUGGCUGGUGAAGCGUCUCUACAAACUGAUCCUGGAUCUGUGCAGCAGCUACAUCCAGAUGCACCGCGACCUGGAGAGCACUCUGGAGGAGGUGACUCUGCUGAGAGGAGGGGGGGUAGCAGGAGAGCACGUCUUCUUCCUGCCUCUCUUCCAGUCAGAAACCUCCACUCCCACCUCAGCAGGGGGUCUGUCGGCCAGGGAGACGCCUUCAGAGGACGGAGGGUAUCGGUGUCGGGAGGCGGAGAGCACAGCGUCACCCGGAGACACUCCAACCCCAAGUCCAAGCCCCGGAUACAGUCUUCCCCUAAACCUGCGACAGGGAAGCGACCGGAGGGACUCCACCCUGACAGGAAGCUCAGUGGGAGGAACACCUGGGAGGAGGAAGGAGUGGUGGGAGAGCGCCGGGAACAAACUGUACACCAUCGCCACGGACAAGACCAUCAGCAAGCUCAUGAUGGAGUACAAGCGCCGGAAACAGCAGCAGCAGAGCAACGUCAAUUUGUUCAUGAAGGAGCAGGGCCGCGGUGGAGGGGGGGGGGGCGGAGCCACAGAGACCCCCCUGAUGAGACCCCAACAUCUGGUGGACCAGCAGGGGGGGGGGCCCCCACUGAGGCACUCUGUCAGCGCCGGGCCGGAGGUACUGAGGCAGGAGAAGAGACCCAGAUCAGGGUCCACCAUCAGCUCCCACAGCAUCACCCUGAGGGACUCGGAGGCCCAGAUACAGGCGUGGACCAACAUGGUGCUGACGCUCCUGAAUCAGGUGCUGCUGCUCCCGGACUCUUCCUUCCUGGCUCUGCUGCCGGCGCUCUACCCCUGCGUCAGUCAGCUGACCUGUCACGUGACCGACGCUCGAGUCCGCCAGGCGCUCCGAGAGUGGAUGGGCCGCGUCGGGAGACUCUACGACAUCAUCGUGUGACGACUGGGCGAAGACAUGCAGACGGUUGAAGAGCGAAGUCUGUGAAGGACGUUCAGAUUAAGAGUAGAAUGAGGAUCAAUGCUGUCAUGUGAUGGCGCCGCUGAUUGAUGAUUGGCUGACGUAAUGGAAAGGUGAGGCAUCAGAAAACAACUGUCUCUGAUGUUUUCGUAUGGAUUUGUGGCACUUUGGAAGAACAUCAUGUGACUUUAAAUGGGAGGUUUUGAUUGGCAGAUGAAGAACAGAGGAUUCAGUUGCUUUGUUUAUGAUGGACAAGUUGUUUUUGUUGUUGUUGUUGUUUUAAAGGGAAUGUGCCUCUUGUUAUUUUGUUCCUGUACUGUGUCAAAAGCUUUAAAUAUGAUUUGCUGUUCAUCAGUUUUGAGGGAAACUGAUUUGCAGAGUUGCUCAUAAUCUAAUGACAGCAUUGUCAUGUUGUCCAAGGGGAUAAAUAAUACAUGAAUGACAUGAAGCUAUUGUUACGGAAGAGGAUUAGCACUACAAGAUAUUUAGAGAUCUGACCAAUAGGGUUUGUUUGUUUUAGUUCUGAGAUUAAAAUCUGAAUUCUGAGAAAAAAAGUUGGAAUUUUCAGAAAAAGUUAAGAUUCUGAGAAACAAGUCGGAAUAUUGAAAAAAAGUAUUUCCCCCCCAAAAAAAACGGAAUUUUGAGAAAUAGUCGGAAUCUUUAAGAAAAAUUCAGAAAUCUGAAACAGUUAGAAUUUUGAUAAAAAGUCAGACUUUUUAGAACAUUUUUAGAAAAGUCGUAAUUCUGAAAAAAAGUGGAAUUAUUACUUUUCUCAGAAUUCUGACCAUUUCACUCUAAAAUGAAAUCUAAAAAAUGUCACACGUGGCCCUCUUUCUCAACCACAAGUCCUGGUGUGGAUGCAGACGUAAAUGUGGACAAAAACAAUGAAUUAUUUUCAUUCUUACCUCCAUUAUUUUUCUUUUGACUGCAACAGUCAACUGAGUGACCCUGCUGAUCAGCUGAUCUCUGAGAAAUGUCUUACAUAGUGCCAGAUCAGAUGAAGGUCACAGAGUGAAAGCAAAUUAAAAAAUACUGUAAUUGUAUUUAUUUGUUUAUUUAAUGCUGCACAACCAAUCAGUCAGUCAGGCCACAUUAAAUACGCUGGAGAAACAUGUCUUUGCAUCUGAUCUGAUUGUAUAUUAACGUGUGUCGCUGCAAUGCAUUUUCUAUAUCCAGCUUUAAAAACUGUGCGCUGAUCUCUUUGACAGAAUGUUUAUUGUUUGAUCUCAAACUCUCUGAAUCAAACCAAAUCCCACAUACAGUUUGUGUAUUUUGAAAGCUUAUGAUUUACAUGUGUGUAUAUAAAUUAUAUGUAUCCAGUUUAAAUUAUUUAUUAUUUAAGAUAUUUAAAGUGUGAUUUUCUUUACUUCCACUUGAUGCAGUGUGUGUGCAUGUGCUUACUGAUUGACAUGAACAAGGUACGAUGGAAGUGUGACCAACUACCAACUAUUGUUAAAAUGCCAAAAAGAGCGAUCACAUGACGUUACAUCUAAAUACAAACCUGUCUGUAAUCCGAGGCAAAGAAGCAGCUUUUACACACAUUUUAAAGUGUUUAUUUUGGGUCAAUUGCCUUUCCAAUAUCAAGUCAAAACGUUCCAAUUGUAUUCAUAAUAUUUCCACAUUUAAGGCGAGCACAUUUCCCUGAAAACAGAUCCUUGCUCCACAGAGGAUACACCCUUCAGAUUCCAAUGACCAUCUGCCUCACUGAAGAUCUCAUACUGUAUGUAAUCUGCUAGGUUGUACGCUUGUAUAUUUAUAAUUAAAACGCCACUAAAAUCACAGUAAGACAGUUA